GUAAAGUGAUAUUUCCUGUCCCUGGGGGAAGGAGUGAGAGGAGAGAUGAGCUGCUGCCCAGCGUGUACCUCUUUUGAGAGCACACACACCUGCUUCUAUGGAGUUCUGUUUGGCUCAGACAUGCCCCCAAGGGAAUCAUGAAGCCCCUUCUCCACCCAUCGGCACCUUCCAGUCCAUGAACUUGAUACGGAGGAGAUGCCAGGACUUGGGUUGCGGGAACGAGCCUAGCAUGCAGGCUGUGAAGGAACAGGAGGUUCAGCUAAAACCCAAGGACGCCCACACCAUGGCAUCUGCCUCAGCCCCAUCUACUGCCUGGGUCCUAGCAAACGCUGACAAUGAGGAAGAGGUACCUGGGAAAGGUGACCUGUCGUUGCAAGCUGAGACCAGAGCAUGGGUCCAGAACACCCAGGCCCACUGGCUCUUGCUCAGGACUGCCCCUGUUUGGUUCCAUGGCUUCAUCACCAGAAGGGAAGCUGAGAUGCUACUGCAGCCCCAGCCUCGAGGAUGCUAUCUGGUGCGCUUCAGCGAGAGCGCUGUGGCCUUCGUGCUGUCCUACAGGAGCCGGACCUGCUGCCGUCACUUCCUCCUUGCUCAGCUAGGGGAUGGGCGCCAUGUGGUGCUGGGUGAAGACAGUGCCCAUGCGCAGCUUCAGGACCUGCUUCAACACUACACGGAGUAUCCCCUCGGCCCAUACCAGGAGAUGCUUACCCAACCCCUUGCCCGCCGGACUGCUGAACCUGCUGGACUUUCCCUAAGGGCUGAAUCAGAGUCUGGAAGCAAAAGACAGGACCCAGACACCCAGCACUUGCUCAUCCUUCAGGGACAUGCCCAGGCCCCAGUGCACAAAGAGAAAGUGUGGGCCUCCCAACAAAAGGAGGCAUCCAGACCCAGGCCCCUGAUCCCUGCCAAGCCUCAGCUUCCUCUUGAAGUCUAUACAAGUCCUGCUUCACGGCCCUGUCAGGUCCUACCCAUUAACCCCAUCUACCAGGAGCCUGAUGAACCCAUAGCCUUCUACGCCAUGGGACGGGGCAGCCCUGGGGAAGCUCCUAGUAAUAUCUAUGCUGAAGUGGAGGGGCCAUCAGAAAUGACACACACUGGGCACCCCAUCCUCCAGAAGUGCUGGUCUAGGCCUAUCUCAGGAGGCCAGGUAAAGGGGGUACAGGAAAAUAAAAGCUCAAGAAGGCCAACCGAAAGAGGGAGCCCCUCCUGAGGAGCAGAGCAAGGUGAAGGCCAGUGUGCUGAAGCAGGAUGAAGGGAGUAGUUCAUGCUGCCAGAAAUCUUUGCCCAGCUCCGGGCCCAAGCCUGUCCUCUCUGCUCUUCUGAACAUUCACAUGGGCUCAGCUUUGUCAAACACAACUGCCCCUGCUUCAGAGAAAAUUAAAGGGGACAGGUUUCCCUCAGCCUUCCUCCAUUCUGGUCUGCCUCUUGUCUGUCUGUCAGUCCUUCCUCAGACACAUGCAGCAAUGACCAAGCCCCCAGAGAAGAGAACUUAGGAUUCCAUGUGUCACUGCCAGUGGGCUCAGGGAGGAGGCCACUGCACUCUGUGUGUUCAUCCUUACAGUCUCCCCACAUCUCACUAUGGUGUUACUAUCCAAUGAGUCAGACUCCCUUGCCUGUACUGUCUCAGGUCCGUCCUCAGGCUUCCUCCCUGCUGCUACCAAAGAUCUCUGCUUGGGCUUCACCUACUAAGCUCACCUGUACACCUGCCAGCUACUGCCUUCUUAAUCCUGUGUCCAUCCAGACAUCUCUAGGGUUCCAAAGCCACUCAAAUGUCAUUCAGCCAAUACCAACCACUCUUACUCUACACACACACACACACACACACACACACACACACACACUAUCCUCCUGUGUUCCAUAUCCUGAUUGAUUACCUCCCAGCACUCAUCUAUCCAGCCAGAAAUGUAGGUUCCCUAAACACCUUACUCUCUUUACUUCACUCUCUAUAGGUCAAUAACAUCUGCCCU